CCCAUUAUGUCAUGAUGCACUAGCCCUAGUUACCUUUAUUUUGAACUGGAUUUUCUUCACCCAUAAGUCAUUAGGUUCUUCAUCUGAACUGAAAACCUAUACUUUUUCUGAGGAGCCACGAUUGAACUGCUCUGCUUUAUUAGACAAAAAGAACCGAAGAUGAAAACUACAAGUAUGUACACAGCUGAACAAUUGCCUUUGGAUAGAUUGAGCACACUUCCUCAACCCAUAUUAGAAACCAUCCUGUGUCAUUUAUCAACUAAAGAGGCUGCAAGGACAAGCAUUCUUUCAAGGCAAUGGAGGUACAAGUGGACCACUAUUCCUAAACUUGAGUUUACGUUGUCGAAUAAAGAGGAGAAGCAAUCCGACAUAGCAAGUACAACGAAAGACAUGGACAUGAACGAUUUACACCAAAUUCUGUUGCUGCGCCAGGGUCCAAUACACGAGCUCACCCUUGAUAUGGAGCAUUACUGGGAACAUUACAUCUGUUUUGAAUUUGAUCAAGUAACACUUCUUUUGUCGGGAAACCAUACUGUCAAGAAACUCACACUUAGUGGAGUUCGUUCACAGGACAUUUGCUAUAAAUUACCCGUAUCUGUCUUCUCGUUGCAUCACUUAACCGACCUCUAUCUUUGUGAGUUUGAUCUUCUUGACUAUCCACCAACAUUCGAUGGCUUUGGUAGCCUUGAAAGCUUAUACUUGAAUGAUGUAGAGAUCUAUACAAAAAAUCUUCUACAUCUUUUAUCUAAUUGUUCAUCACUUAAGAGCUUGGAUAUAGGUGGAUUAGAUGAAGAAUGCUCUAUUAAUGAGCUAUUCAAGUGUUUACCACUGAUUGAACAUCUGACUAUUUCGAUUCGUGGCUUUCAGUGGCUAGUUCCAGACUCUGAUCCGCAAGAACUUCCAACCUCACCAAUCCACCUCAAAGACUUAUGUUUGAAAGGAUUGUGCCUUGAUGAGGACUACAGAAUAUUUCAUGUUUUGAUCAAAUGUUCCCCAAACUUGGAGAGAUUUGAGCUUGAGGUGUAUGAUAUGCAUCAAAUUUCGCUGCUGCGCCAAGGUCCAGUAUACGAGCUCUCCCUUCAAUUGCCUGAAUAUGAAGAAGCCUAUCCAGAACUUGAUCAAAUAGUAUACCAUUUGUCGAGGAAGUAUACGGUCGAGAAACUAACACUUUAUGGAUGGGAUAAUGACCGUGAAGUACCCAUAUCUAUCUUCUCGUUUCAUCACUUAAGGGACCUUGAUAUCUCAAAUGCUAAUCUUUACCAUCCACCAAUUUUCAAUGGAUUUGGUAGCCUUGAAAGCUUGUGCUUGAGGAAUGUAGCGGCCCCUACAAAAACUCUUCUACAUCUUUUACUAAAUUGUCCAUCACUUAAGGACUUGAUUCUGCUUGUAAGUGAAUCAGAUGAUACAUGCACCAUUAAUGAGCUACUGGAGUGUUUACCUGUGAUUGAACAUCUAACUACUUCGCCUCAUAUCUCCAAGUGGGUUGUACUAGACUCGAUUCCACAAGAGCUUCCAACCUCACUAAUCCACCUCAGACACCUUUGUUUCGAAGAUAUGACUCUUGUUGAGCAUUGUGGAUUAGUUUUUCUUCUUGUUUUUAUCAAAUGUUCACCGAACUUGGAGAAAAUUAAGCUAAAGAUUCAUUGGGGGAUUAUUUGUCAUGAGAUAUACUCCUUUGUAUGGGAGGAAUAUUCAGAUGUUUGGUUGGAGCAUCUGAAUGAAUUGGAGAUUGAGCGUUUCAACAACUCGAAGCCUGAAAUGGAUUUUGUAAAGUUUAUAUUGGCUAGGUCACCAAAGCUGAAGAAGGUGACCAUAAGCUGCAUACGCCCUGAGGGUCAUCGGACAGAGUCAGAGAUGGAGAUGCUUAAAACUCUCUUACAGGCCCCACAUGUAUCACCGGAAGUAAUAAUUGCUUCAAAGGCCUUUUGAUCAUUCAGCUAUCUUCAGAAUUAAUAUUGAGAUUUAUGAUAAUAAUCUAGAGUUUUUGUAUGCUUCUUGUUUUUUCUGUAUUUUUGUUUUUAUUGGUUGUCUUUUAGGGUUUUUUGGCCGUUGGCUCCUACACAAUCGGUAUACUUAAAAUGUAACUGAUGCUAAAGAGUUAGAAAGCUGUUUGUCUCAGUUGGCUGAUUAUUUUUUAUUUUACUCAAAUUCAUUAUUUAAACUGGAUUUGGUGGUGAUUGAACCAACAUUGCAAGGAAGCAAAUCGGGAUUGUGGAUCAGAAAGCUAAAUUAGUUAUACACGGUAUUUUCUUUAGUUAUCAACGGCCUUGAUUCAUGGUUGAAGGCUCUUUAGUGGGCAGCCGUCUGUGAUUCAUGUCAAAGUUAAGCGUCAUUUAAUGAAGGACCUGCCAGAAACAGAUUGAACUGCUCUGCUUUAUUAGACAAAAAGAACCGAAGAUGAAAACUACAAGUAUGUACAAAGCUGAACAAUUGCCUUUGGAUAGAGUGAGCACACUUCCUCAACCCAUACUAGAAACCAUCCUGUGUCAUUUAUCAACUAAAGAGGCAGCAAGGACAAGCAUUCUUUCAAGGGAAUGGAGGUACAAGUGGACCACUAUUCCUAAACUUGAGUUUACGUUGUUGUCGAAUAAAGAGGAGAAGCAAUCCGACAUAGCAAGUACAACGAAAAACAUGGACAUGAACGAUCUACACCAAAUUCUGUUGCUGCGCCAGGGUCCAAUACACGAGCUCACCCUUGAUAUGGAGCAUUACUGGGAACAUUACAACUGUUUUGAAUUUGAUCAAGUAAUACUUCUUUUGUCGGGAAACCAUACUGUCAAGAAACUAACACUUAGUGGAGUUCGUUCAGAGGACAUUUGCUAUAAAUUACCCAUAUCUGUCUUCUCGUUGCAUCACUUAACCGACCUCUAUCUUUGAUAUAGGUGGAUUAGAUGAAGAAUGCUCUAUUAAUGAGCUAUUCAAGUGUUUACCACUGAUUGAACAUCUGACUAUUUCGAUUCGUGGCUUUCAGUGGCUAGUUCCAGACUCUGAUCCGCAAGAACUUCCAACCUCACCAAUCCACCUCAAAGACUUAUGUUUGAAAGGAUUGUGCCUUGAUGAGGACUACAGAAUAUUGCAUGUUUUGAUCAAAUGUUCCCCAAACUUGGAGAGAUUUAAGCUUGAGGUAUAUGAUAUGCAUCAAAUUUUGCUGCUGCGCCAGGGUCCAAUAUACGAGCUCUCCCUUCAAUUGCCUGAAUAUGAAGAAGCCUAUCCAGAACUUGAUCAAAUAGUAUAUCAUUUGUCGACGAAGUAUACGGUCAAGAAACUAACACUUUAUGGAUGGGAUAAUGACCGUGAAGUACCCAUAUCUAUCUUCUCGUUUCAUCACUUAAGGGACCUUGAUAUCUCAAAUGCUAAUCUUUACCAUCCACCAAUUUUCAAUGGAUUUGGUAGUCUUGAAAGCUUGUGCUUGAGGAAUGUAGCGGCCCCUACAAAAACUCUUCUACAUCUUUUACUAAAUUGUCCAUCACUUAAGAACUUGAUUCUGCUUGUAAGUGAAUCAGAUGAUACAUGCACCAUUAAUGAGCUAUUGGAGUGUUUACCUGUGAUUGAACAUCUAACUACUUCGCCUCAUAUCUCCAAGUGGGUUGUACUAGACUCGAUUCCACAAGAGCUUCCAACCUCACUAAUCCAUCUCAGAUACCUUUGUUUCGACGAUAUGACUCUUGUUGAGCAUUGUGGAUUAGCUUUUCUUCUUGUUUUUAUCAAAUGUUCACCGAACUUGGAGAAAAUUAAGCUGAAGAUUCAUUGGGGGAUUAUUUGUCAUGAGAUAUACUCCUUUGUAUGGGAAGAAUAUUCAGAUGUUUGGUUGGAGCAUCUGAAUGAAUUGGAGAUUGAGCGUUUCAACAACUCGAAGCCUGAAAUGGAUUUUGUAAAGUUUAUAUUGGCUAGGUCACCAAAGCUGAAGAAGGUGACCAUAAGCUGCAUACGCCCUGAGGGUCAUCGGACAGAGUCAGAGAUGGAGAUGCUUAAAACUCUCUUACAGGCCCCACAUGUAUCACCGGAAGUAAUAAUUGCUUCAAAGGCCUUUUGAUCACUCAGCUAUCUUCAGAAUUAAUAUUGAGAUUUAUGAUAAUAAUUUAGAGUUGUUGUAUGCUUCUUGUUUUUCUGUCUUUUUGUUUUAUUGGUUGUCUUUUAGGUUUUUUUGGCCGUUGGCUCUUACGCAAUCGGUAUACUUAAAAUGUAACUGAUGCUAAAGAGUUAGAAAGCUGUUUGUCUCAGUUGGCUAAUUAUUUUUUAUUUUACUCAAAUUCAUUAUUUAAACUGGAUUUGGUGGUGAUUGAACCAACAUUGCAAGGAGGCAAACCGGGAUUGUGGAUCAGAAAGCUAAAUUAGUUAUACACGGUAUAUUUCUUUAGUUAUCAACGACCUUGAUUCAUGGUUGAAGGCUCUUUAGUGGGCAGCCGUCUGUGAUUCAUGUCAAAGUUAAGCGUCAUUUAAUGAAGGACCUGCCAGAAACAGAUGAAGGUGUUGCAUAAUGGUGUAAAGAUUUUUUUGUUGCCAAGGAUGAUUUAUUAGAACUCCAUGACAUCGGCCGACCAUUGAAGUCUCGUGUGGGGCUCACAUUCACUGCAAUCGGGUUGGGGAUUGUUACCUUUUUAAUGCAAAUCUUGAUUCAGUUUUCGCAAUCUGAAUGUUCUACACCUGCAAAAGUGGCCCCCACAAGGUCUAGCAAUGGUAAUGUACAAGAGAAACUGCACCGAGUACAAUUUGCUCUUCUUGAUUCAUGAACAGAUAUGGUUAGGAAAUGACAGACCCGUAUGAAUGUCAUGUCGAUUAUUAGCUUGAGUUGAAUUAUUUGUAACUGUUGACUGGUUAGUGGUUUUGUACGUUUCUGCUUCAUUUGAU